AUGGUAGGGGUCAAACUCAAAGAUAAAGUGGUGGUGGUCCAGAGAGUGUGCGGAGACCUGCUGCGAGCACUCGCCUUUGCUCCGCAGCCCAAGGGGAAGGCGGCCACGAAGGGCAAGAAGCAGAUCUUCGAGGAGAACAGGGAGACGCUCCGCUUCUACCUGCGCAUCAUCCUCGGCGCUUCCGCCGUGCACGCCCUGGUGAACCUGGUGAUCUACUUCCCCACCGCCUCCGUCUGGACAUGGCUCGUGUUCGUGUUCAGCCUGCUGGUACACGGCGCCAGCUACCGCUCCAUGACGUCCAUGGCAAAGCCGUCUUUCACAGAGGACGGCAGCCUUGCUGACGGGGGGAUUGACCUCAAUAUGGAGCAGGGGAUGGCAGAGCACCUCAAGGAUGUGAUCCUGCUGACAGCUAUCGUCCAGGUGCUGAGCUGCUUCUCGGUCUACGUCUGGUACUUCUGGCUCUUGGCUCCAGGGCGCGCACUCUAUCUCCUGUGGGUGAACAUCCUGGGGCCCUGGUUCACAGCAGACUCUUCGGCUGCCAGUCAGGAGCCAAAUGAGAAGAAGCAGCGCCGACAAGAACGUCGUCAGAUGAAACGCUUCUAAUCCUGGCUGGGGAGAUGGAUUAAUGCUGGCUCUCAUCUCCAUGCUGUUACUUCAUCAGGGAUGCAACUGAAGCCAAUCAGAAACCAUCACAGUAUCCAUGUUGCCCUGUCAUUGCUGCCAUUUCAUUGUAAAGGCUGCAAGAGACUACCCUUGGUUGGUUCUUAGUGCCAGUCGAGGCCUUGCUCCUGUAGUGACAAGGGUGGGUUAUGCUGGGAUGUGUGUAAAUACCUUUUUAAAGCAGUGCUGUAUUGCAGUGUUGGGAGGAAAUACUAUAUUAAAGAGCAGUCUAAU